AUGUUAAACAAGCAGCAUAUUCGAGCCAUCAGGCGGCGUGGUGCUGUGUCUGGGCGGGCGAGGUCGGCCUCUCUCCCCACCAUCUCCCGCCCCAGCCAGGCCGCUCUGCACCGCAAAGCCUCUUGCAGAUCCCUGCCUGCCGACCUGCAUUCUAUCGAGCCCACGUACUACGAGAUCUCUGAUGACGCUGUCUUGGCUACUCGACCUCUUCCUGUCCUCCCACACACGUACUGGGAAAUCCCGGACGUCGAGCCGACCUCUUGCAACACUUCGGAAGACGAAGACGACGAUGACGAUGGGCCAUUGCUAUUUUAUGCUGCUGCCGCAGAUAUGACGCUCGUGGGAAACGGAGAAGGUUGCAGCACCUACCAUGACAGCAAACCGAAAACUGUACAUUAUCACAGGUCCGCACAACGUACAGCCAUUUAUGAAAAUCCUGAGGUCCAACGUGUUACCUUUCAUAGAAAUGCGGAAAAUCCCUACCGUCACCAAGUCACUAGAGCUUGCGGAGCAAGAAGAACUUCUUCUGUCCCCAUCUACGAAGGUCGAACCAUGGGUAGAACAUACAUGAAUGUAGGACAGGCAAAAGGGACGUCAUCAGUAAUUCAUCACAGAGCAGCGAGGACAACUGCCGGGUACGAGGCGCCACCAGCGUCUCUAUGGACGGAGAACAGGGAUUAUCAGACCGUUCUAAACGACGUGGCGCCAUGGACAUCACCGCCAAACACCUACUGGCCGUGGGAGAUCUCCAAUGGGCAGUUGAACAGAUCGCGCCCAGUGCCUCUGGUCUCCCCCUUACCCAACACGUACUGGCCAUGGGAAGAAACUUCAUGUAGCGGCAACCGAGGUCCAAAGCGGCGGGCGUCACUCCCCACCUACCCCGAGACAACACAGACUGAAGUAUCCUUAAACACCACACCAUGUGUGCCACCUAACACCUACUGGCCAUGGGAAAUUACAGGUGAAAGUAGCUGUAUCGAUAUCACACAACGACGGGCGUCCCUUCCCACUCUCAGCAAUACCUACAUAUACUGUGAGACAACACAAACUGAAGUAUCCCUGAAGCCCACACAACCAAACACCUACUGGCCAUGGGAGAUCUCAAAGAAUGAGCGUGUUAACUCACAGCUUGCUGCUCCCAACCUACCAAACACCUACUGGCCAUGGGAGGUGAGUGGAACACGUCGGCGGGCGUCCCUCCCAUACUUAGUAAUGUCUACCGUGAGACAACACAAACCGAAGUACUAACACUUAAUCCUACACAACUAAAUACCUACUGGUCACGGGAGAUCUCAAGCAAUUAACAGGUUAAUACACUGCGUCGUCUAGCGCCUGCUGCUCCCAACCUACCAAACAGCCUCGCCCACCACCGUCAAACGUAGCUAUUGAACGGGUACUGCACAGGCAUGUGGCGACUUUCUCAUUAGCUGAAUCGCUAAUUGCCAUUCUCUUAUUGGUUAG